AUGGAUGUAGAAAUGGACUCUCCUCCCGCUACAUACACUUCCUCUUAUAUCAAACGUUGCCUAUUCCCAAACUCCAACACACCAACGAUCAAGAUGCAUAUUUUCUCCAGCCCCACUCCGGUCGCCACCCUACUUCUUGGCGCCAACGCAUUUAAAUGCGUUGGCGACUAUGUCGACAAUGCUGCUAUCGAAGCCUGGUGUGAUAGACUUGGCGGAAACUUUGUGGGUGGUAAAGACAGUCACACCGACUCGAUCUCUGAGCAGCUUUCCGACAUCCGGAAUUGCUGUGAAAAGAGGCAGCUUAUUUGUGAUUGCGAUUGCCCCACUUAUAUACAGAAAAAGACGUACGUCUCUAUGAUUGAUUUUGAGAUGAACUUGUACUGA